CGGUAUCCAUUCGGCUCGGAUUUUUCUGCCCUGUUAAAUAGAAAGCAGGUGAUAAGAGUCUAGAAAAUAAAAGAUAAGCCCCCGCCUGCCCAAGUUAACUCUCCGCUUCAUUCCCAUUUCUCUUCUACUCUUCACUCAAAGUAUUAAGGAAUUAUAGAAAUGAAUGGCUGCUGCUGCUUCUUGUGGGAUGCAUCAAGAUGAUGAAUAUUGUAAUUAAUAUUAUGGUAGUAGACUAAUGAAAGCCAUUUCUACAUUAUCACCAGCCUUUGCUUUCUCUUCAAACAUUAUUGUUGCCCAGAAGAGUAAAAAGCCCAAGUCAUCCUCCUCUCCUUCUAAGAGUUCUGAUGUAGCGCCUCCGAGGAUUACUUCGAACGUGAAGCAGAACUUGCAGUUCUUGAAGUUGUGGAAGGAGUUUCAAAAGAGAAAAUCUGGUGCACAUGUGCCUGCAACUAGUUAUCGCAAGAAAAAGGUGGAGAAGGAUGAUAUCCCAGAUGAUACAGAAGUCUAUCGUGACCCCACAUUGACCCUUUAUUAUACGAAUCAGGGUAUCAUUACUGCAGUUCCGGUGUUGCUAGUUGAUGGUUACAAUGUCUGCGGCUACUGGGCGAAACUAAAGAAACAUUUUGUCAAUGGAAACCUUGAUAUUGCUCGCCAAAAGCUUAUCGACGAGUUAAUAACAUUCAGUAUGCUUAGAGAGGUAAAGGUUGUGGUUGUCUUCGAUGCUCUGUUGUCUGGGCUCCCCACACACAAAGAGGAGUUUGUUGGAAUUGAUGUAGUGUUCUCAAGCGAAACCUGUGCUGAUGCCUGGAUUGAAAAAGAGGUUGUAGCCUUAAGGGAUGAUGGAUGCCCAAGAGUCUGGGUCGUGACAUCUGACCGUUGUCAGCAGCAAGCUGCACACGGUGCGGGAGCUUUUGUCUGGACUUGCAAGGCACUUAUAUCAGAGAUCAAAGCUUCACAAAAGGAGGUUGAGACAAUGCUUCAUGAACAAAGGAGUUCCUCUAUGCAAGGUAAAUUGUUGAAGCACAAUCUUGAUUCUCAAGUUGUAAACGCACUCAAGGAUCUCAGGAAUAAGCUAUCUGAAAAUGAGAUGUGAAUGUGCUCAAGAAUCUCCAGAACAAACUAUCUGAAAAUGAUUCACAAUUAAUUAAGAGAUAUCAGACCUUUCUAACUUCAGUUCUACUGAAAGCACCAGUAUAAACCAACAAAUGACAUCAUCCAUUUGGUCCUCUAAAUUUGACCUUACCCUCUGGUUGUACAGCUUGGGAAUUUGAUGUCGUAAAUUUUCUGGCGAAGCACUUUCGUUUUAUAUUAUCUUUUAAAUGAUAUGCAAAUUGCAAUACAUUACAGUUUUGCAGGGAGUUUUCUUUUCCUUCUGUUUUUCCUCUUUUCGCCUUUUUUUGAACUCUGUACAGUGUAUAUGUUUCAUUCUUUUACUGAUAACAUGUAUGUAAUACAAUAUUUUAUCAUAUAAAUAUUUAGUUCAUG